UUUUCAAACUCCUAGUUUCAGAAGAUUGGAUCGACAAAUUGAACUCAUGAAGCAGUUAGUAUGUGGAAAAUUGUUCGACACCGAAGACAUCAUAAAUGCCAAAAACAACGAUGGUAGAACUGCUCUUCAUUUGGCCAUCAUUGGGAACAUUCAUUCUGAUUUAAUCGAGCAAAUAAUGAGUGUCCGUUCAAUUGAUGUGAACGAUUGCGAUUCAAAUGGCAUGACCCCACUUGAUCUCCUCUGGAAGCAUCCACGUUCUGCAUCAUCUGACAUACUAACUCGACAAUUAAUUUCAGCUGGAGGAAUCUCCUAUGGUCAGGACUAUACAGCAAGUAGAACCAUUGCUUCCCACUUAAGGAUGAGAAGUAUGGGGAGUCCUGGAACUUCUUUCAGAAUCUUCGAUUCAAAAAUAUUCUUGUACACAGGGAUUGAGAAUGCAUCAGACACCAGUGACUUAACCAUAGAAGACUGUAAUGAAUCAAAUUCAAAUUACAAAAAACUAGCUUCUAUAAAUUACGCAGCAGAACGUUUGAAACGCCUGCUCCAUUGGCCCAGGAUGAAAGAAAGAAAGAACAAGAUGCCCAAGAAAAUGGUAGAUGGAAAUUCAGAUGAAAAUCCAAUCCCACUCCGACAAAAAUUCGCAUCCCUUCCUAACAACAAGCGAACGGUUUCUUUAAGAAGCAACCUUCCUAGUCCAAACGCAAAGAAGAAAUUUGCUUCAGGAAUAUUAGUGCAGGGUGUUAUGCCAGAUCUUGCUAUUCCAUGUCUUUUGUUUUCUAGCUCAUUCCCUAAAUCAUCAAUAUCCUCACUCGAAUGCUCGGAUAAACAAAAAUGUGACUACGUUCGGAGUGAUAUUGCAGGGCCAUCUUGUUCAAAUCAAAUAUCUGAUAAGAGAUUGAUGAACCAAUACCUUCGUUUUGGCGUAUCAGCACCGAAGGAAGGACUAAGUAACCUCUCUAAUUCUGUAAGUUAGUGAGUUUUAUAGCUGCUUUCCAGACUUUCUCUUUACUAUAUGGCUGUUGAUUGUUUAUAGUCUGUUAAUUAUGUACCUGUAAGUUAUUGACUCCCUGUCUGAAUUUCAAUAUUCAUUUUCAAACAAGAGAGAUGUAAUAUUCUGCAAGAUUUUACUGAUAUUUUAAUGAAUUCCAAAAAUUAUUUCUAA